GCAACGGAUUAGGUCCAGGUGCCCUUGUCAGUCAAGCUAGUAUUCUUCUUAGUCUUUCCCGGAAAUUCAGCUUUUUUAGGGAGGCUGGAAUCCAGGAUUCCAGAAACCCUAGAGUCGUCCAUGUCUCAUUUCCGCUGAUCAUGACAGUCUAAUCCUCGCAAACCAUGCAGCCAGAACGCUGUCCAGUGGCUAUGCGCGUAUCCGUCGCCGUGCUUCGUAUCUACCCUAUCCGAAUGCCCCGACGCUCUGAGCAAUGAGAGUGGCUGCAUGUAGAAACAAGCGCCUCGUCCGCGUUCUCUUAUCGCUUCCUGGUCAUAUCGACUCGGCCAUGGCGUGUCGCAUCGCACAGUUACAAUCCCUUUCGGUCGUCUCUGCAUCAGUCGGCAAUACUGACGCGUUCAGCAGCGGCGUUUCCCCGAGCAGUUUCGCUCCACCUAGCAACGGUAGCAAAUCCAUUGCUCCCAGCAACCUAGUCCGCGCUCUCCCAAACCCUCGUCCACCACUCCACAGCGCCGUCUGCUUUUUUAAUCCCUGCAGGCCGCUUUCGCCAUCGCGACUUGCAUCCUCGUUACUGUCGUCCUCAGUAUCAACGCCACGGUCGCCUUCGUUCGCUCCUCUCCGUGCGUCGCCGUCGUUACGCGCCCGUCAGUUCCCCAGGGCCAUCCACUCCGAGCACACCCCGUCUGAAGUAGCAGCACCCAUUUCUGAGGCCAGCAACAUCGGCGACGCUUCUCAAGAACCUGACCGAAGAGCAGUCGCCAAUGAUACUGCCGAACCAGCAGCCGAAGCAACAGCCGAAGCAACUGCCCAGCUGACAGCGAAGGCACGGUCGGAUGACUCUAGCACGGGUGCUGCCGAAGCCGGCUCCGGAGAUGCUUCCGAAGCUAAAGAGGAGGUUCGGAAGACGGUUUUGGUGGUGAGGAGGCGCCGAGCCGGCGGUGUAGGUCUGGCGGCGUUCGGCUCGGAAGGCGAUGGCGUUGUAUUGAGCGACCUUCUAACGGUGCCUGGCGUGGGCCCGCGGAAUCUGGAGAAGCUUAAAGCCCGGGGGUUUAGCGAAGUCGCGAGUCUGACUCAACUGUACAGAGACAAGUUCGCCUUCCACGAAGCUGCCAAGGGCCGGAGCGCGAUGCAGGAGUAUCUUAAGAGCCACGUGGGCAUCAUACGUAAGGACCACGCCGCGCGGAUCACGGACUUCGUCUGCCUCCGCGUCGCGCAGGAGGAGGGCGGGGGAGCGGACGCGGAAGACGCGGGGGAGGGGGAAGGCGCGGGGGAGGACGCGGGGGAGUCUGGCGCGGAGGGAGGGGAUGGAGGCGGGGGAAAGGGGAGAAAUCUAGGGAGGCAGAAGAACAGACUUACAUUCUGUGUAGAGGGGAAUAUCAGCGUGGGGAAGACGACGUUCUUAGAACGGAUAGUAGGCGAUGCAGUUAAGCUGCAUGACUUGGUGGAGGUGGUGCCUGAGCCGGUUGCCAGGUGGCAAAGCGUGGGGCAGGAGAAAUUCAACAUCCUAGAGGCGUUCUAUGAGGAGCCGGAGCGGUACGCUUAUACGUUCCAGAACUACGUGUUUGUAACGCGGAUGAUGCAGGAGCGGGAGAGCGCGGGGGGCGCGCGGCCGAUCAGGCUGAUGGAGAGAUCCGUGUUCAGCGACCGAAUGGUAUUCGUGCGAGCAGUGCACGAGGCCAAGUGGAUGAGCGAGAUGGAGGUCAGCAUCUACGAUUCCUGGUUCGACCCUGUGGUCUCCGCGCUCCCCGGGCUCGUCCCCGACGGCUUCAUCUACCUGCGGGCUCAGCCCGACACGUGCCACCGCCGCCUCAAGGAGAGGGCGAGAGGGGAGGAGGCCGGGGUGUCGCUGGACUACCUGGUUGACCUGCACAACAAGCACGAGCAGUGGCUUCUGCCGGCUGAACCAGGGGGCGUGUGGGGAGGAGGUGUGGUGAGGGAGGGAGUGAGGCCGAGGGUCGCUGUGGUUCAGCCAGAGUGGUUGAGGGGAGGGAGGGGGCGAGGGGGGGGGAAAGGGGCGGAGGGAGAGCAGGUGGAGGAUGACACGCCGGAGAUCAUCAAGGGGCGGGUGUUCGCUCUGGAGGGCGGCCACCUGCACUCCAGCAUUCAGCAGGUGCCGGCGUUGGUGCUGGACUGUGAUGCCCAAAUCGACCUCAUCCACGACCGAGAUGCAAAGGAACUGUACACGAGGCAGGUGCAGGCGUUCUUUGACUUCGUCCAGCGGCGCAAGGAGCAGCAGAAGCAGCGGCAGCGGCAGCAGCGGCAGCGAGCGGGCAUUUCCCCGGACUCGCCUCUCCUCAUCCCGUCCCCCCCUUCCCUCUCCAUGCCUCCUGGGAUAGACUUUGACCCCUCGUCUUUUCUCCGCUCGUAGGUGUCACAAAGUGUGGCCUCACUGCAAUGGUGUGUGUCUGUCUACUAAUGGUUGUAACAGCUCUUCAGCUCCCCUCUCUCAAAAACACGUCAUGUACAAUGUUUCUAAGACCUGAGGGGAGCCACUUCACUAAGGGCGUAUUCCUACGAAUGGAUUGAGAAAGCUUGCUUUCUUGUCCUUUGCAAUAGGCAUCGUUCUCAUUUCAAGUGGCAUGGUACAAUAGUCGCUUACUAGCUUAUAA